AUGCUCGAGUUACGAAAUAGAGAAUGCUACUUUCUCUUGUGUCUAAUCGUCUUCAUAAUCACUGUGCCAUGUUACAGCCAUGAGAGUCUAAUCUUAUAUGCUGGGAAGGAACUAUGGAAGGAGACUCUGCCAUUACAAUCUGGAUCUAGAGUUUACAAAUUAGAAGGGCUUAAAUCAAAUUCUUGGUAUGAAGUCAAGAUAUCGUAUCCAGCUUCUAUACCGGCUCUGUUUUCGCUGCAACUAUUGAGGAACGGUGUAACGGGUUUGAAGCUUAAUCAGAUGAGGAGAUUACUAAACACUGAGAAGUUGAUCUUUAAAACCGAAAGUCUCGAAGAAGCUCAUAACAAGGAUGGAUUGUAUGUUUUGGUGAAUGUGGAGCCUGAAGGAAUCGUGGCUAUACCAAAUUUCAAGGAACAGUCUUUCGUCAUUUACAACAUAGGCAAGCUUUGUUACUUUUACUAA